AUGGACCCAGCCUCUGUUCGCAACCUUCGACGGUCAAUGUCACGAUCCCCCACAAAGCUUUUCGCACGAACAAACUCUCAAGGUUCAAGCAACACGCGGCAUGGUUCACUGUCUCCCAGUCGACGGCCUGUUACGACUCCGCUCCAACAACGCCCGGUGCUGAAUCCCCCUUCGUCAGCUCCGCCAGCUGUCGGCUCGUCAUUCCUCGCCAGCGCCCCGCACCUAUCGCCUGCGCAGACACCCCUUCGGCCAGGCGUUAAGCUCUCGCUCCGAUCCGCCAAAAGCACAAAAACGGCGCCUGCUUCGCGCAUCACCCGAACCCGAGCGUCCCCAAAGAGCCCGUUGAAACGCGCCUUGAGCGCCACUCCCGACUCUGGGAACUCUACUUCCUCACGCUCGCCGCCAUCUUCUCCCAGACCUAGAUUUGCUGGACAGGAAAACAACAAUAACAACAACAACAACCACAUCAACAUCAACAAUACGCCCAGCCGCUCUACACUGCGCAAAAUUAUCGACAGGUCGACUCGGCAAAGUGUGCAAUUUGAUCUUACAGAAGCUUCGCAAUUCUCAUUUCUUAAAGCCUUGGAUUCGACGAGCGACUCUCCCAUGAUUCCGACAACAGGUGCUUUGAAGCGCAGCGACGCAACGAUGAACUUGGAUCAGUCAACCAAAGGCAGCCCCGUGGCCAAGCGACGAAGUUUGCAUGGCAUUAUGAGCUCUGUGCAGACGGAGGAUCUCAACAUAUUUGGUUCAAGCGCAUCGCCGCCUGGCGCCUUUGAUAUACACGAAGAUUCGUUUCCUGAGUACGAGCUGUCGGGCAUGGCGGGACCUGCCUUUCACCGCGAUCACCUAGCAUCUCCUUCUCCCGCAUCAAGCAUUCCAAAACGAUCUUCAUCUCUCCGGAGAUCAACGCUGCAGCAACGCUACGGCGAAAAGACUUCGUGGGGGAAGCAGUCUGGUGAGCGACAGCUUUCGCAGCCUGGCAGUGAAUUUUCAACGCCUGUUAGACGCCGGCCGCGACUUUCUACUGACUCUUUUGUGCCCCCAACAGCGGUUCGCGAGAAUCCCUUUGCGCCCAGCGCGACCAUUUCCAAAGCUGAAAGCAAAGAUCACCAACCUCACCCGUUGUCCAAGACCCUGACGACCUCUACAUCUGGCAACAGUUUGACUGAAGAGCAGUCUCUCUAUGCGCCUGCCAAGGUCGCCCACAAGCCGCAUCCCUUUUCAAGAUCUCUGCCCCCUGGUGCUACUCGCCCCUCUGCUCGAUCUUUCAACGAGCACAGGGCCUCGAUAGGAACGCCAAAUCAGUCUCACCAGCUAUGGAUCGGCGCAUUCAGCUCCACUGGCCUUAUUUCCAAAGUGAACCGAAACCCUGAGGACGAGGCUGACAAGAAAAUGGCGCCACCUGACACGCCGUGCAAAAAACACACCAACCCAUUCGCGACCUUUCCGCCGCCCUCUAGUUCUGGAAAGAAGAGAGCAAGCUAUCGCAAAUCAUUUGGCGGUGUCCCCUCUACCCCGUUUAACCCUGUCCUGGGUCGUGCCCCUGAUACCGUUGGUAACCCUUCCAAGGGCCUGUCAAUCUUCCAACGCGGUGGUGCUCUCGCCAGCCGCCGUGGAAGCAUCCUUAGCGUUGAUGGUGACGACCGCAAGUUGUUUGGUGAUGGUGCCGACUUUGCAACCUCCGCUGAAGGCGAUGCGCCUCCCACUCCGACCAAAAACCUUCUAACACCAAGCUUCAGUGGCCUGAGCAGCCUUAGUGAAAGCCCUCAGGAAAGCCCAAGUGCCAACCGAUCGUUUUUGUCGUCAACAGUCAAGGCAACACCCCCACGACCACGAGAUCUUAGCUGUAAGUCGAUCCCAGAAGAGCCCGCCAGUCCAAGGGACCAAGUCGAAGGAGCACAGUUGCUAGCCAAUCGAUCUACCCUCAUGGACAGCGAAACAUCUUCAUCCGACCCUCUUUCCUUAUCUUCAUUUGGACGGGCAAGGUCCCAGAGGGGGCUCAGUGCGCCCCCGCCGCUCAAUCCUGAGCCCCCAGUUUCGACGACGCAGCAGCCUAGUCGCGGAUCUUUAAAGUCAUCCAGAACCAGAGUAUGUACUAAGAUGAUGUGUGUUGACACAGCGAGCCCUGCCGAUGGACGACGCACUCCUCAGACCCCCCAGGAAACCUUUCUGCCAAUAGAUGCCAGCCGCUUGUCCAUCUCCCGAGCUGGGGACGGACGGAGAGAAACCAGCAUGCCACCACCGGUCACACCAACCACGGGCCGCGACUUCCGAUCGUCUAUGAGCAUCUUCGUCACGCCAGUCAACGGCCGUACCAGUAACGUGGAUGUCGAUGCCAGCCUACACUCCAAGUUUGACAAGGUUGAGCAGAUUGGCAAGGGCGAGUUUUCUACCGUGUACCGGGUAACCAAGCAGGAUCACCAUAAUGAUUUUUCCGUAUCUUCUUCAUUCACCCCGAUUGACAGCCACACCAAGAAUUCCUUCAAGAGCCAAGUCUUUGCUGUCAAAAAGAGCAAACAUCCGUACCAUGGCCCCAAAGACAGGGACGCGAAGCUGCGCGAAGCUCGCAUUCUACAGGCUUUAUCACAUGCUGAACAUGUUGUGCAAUAUAUCGAUGAUUGGGAGCAUAACUUUCACCUUUACAUUCAGACAGAGUUUUGCGAAGAGGGAACCCUGGAUAAAUUUUUGGCCAACAUCGGACAAGUUGGUCGGUUGGAUGAUUUCCGCAUCUACAAGAUCUUGCAGGAUCUUUGCUUGGGAUUGAAAGAGAUUCACGAAGCCGGAUUUAUGCAUCUAGAUAUGAAACCGGCAAAUAUUCUCAUUACCUUUGAGGGGGUCCUCAAGAUUGGUGACUUUGGAUUGGCCCAGGCUGUCUCUGAAGAUGUCCGGGUAGAUAUCGAAGGAGAUCGCGAGUAUAUGGCCCCUGAAAUGUUGGAAGGCAAAGCCGAUCAGUCUGCCGAUAUCUUUUCCCUGGGUCUCAUGACUUUGGAAACGGCGGCCAAUGUGAUGCUUCCUGACAACGGGCCUACUUGGGUUGCUCUCAGAUCUGGUGAUCUCUCUGAAGUACCUAGCCUCACUUGGACGCCAUCGAGCGAUGUCCAGCGAGAUGCUCUUGGUAACCCUGCCGACUCUGCGACGAGUGACGAUCUCCAUACCGAGAGAACACGCAGCUCUGGCAACCUGUUUGGCUCCUUUAAGCGAUCGGAACUUCAGCAGCCUCCCGACUUCAUGGUUGAAGCCUUCCACCCUAGCUCCCUUGAUUCCAUUGUUCGGUGGAUGACACAGCAGGAGCCUGAAGAACGGCCACGCAUCGAGGAAGUCUUGGCUUUAGAAGGCAUGCAGUGGGUGGCAGAGCACCGCAAUGCGCCCGCCAUCGUCUACGAGGGAAACUGGGGUCCUUCAGAGCUGUUCCCCGUCUCCAUAGUCAACGACAGCGACCUCGAAAUGACAGACGCUUAA